AUGAGUCUGCUGUUAAGAAACCAAAGUCAGCUGUUAAGCAUGAACCGGUGCUACCGGAACGUACACUCUAACGUCCGGGUUAGAUUCGCCAGUUACCGAUCGAAACAUCCCAUUGGUCUGAUAAGUGCACAGUACGAUGGCUUGUUUAUACCGCACACAAUGUUCAGUAGCGGCCCCAACAGUAGAUGCUGGACACCAGUUGGGGCUCGUACUGGCGGUUUGCCUUCGCUCGAUGCCGUUGGAUUUGGGAGUAGCAGCCGGACCGCUACGCCACAAACCAUUCGAUGCAUUUCCACGACUAGCUGGCUUCGGGACCAGCCAUCCUCUAAGGUAGAAGUAACGGUACAAACGUUGAAGAAGAAGGAAAAGGAGCAACAACAACAACAGCAGCAGCAGCUAGCCAAUGGUGCCGGGAAUGUUGCGGUUCCCGGAGGAGCUGCACCGGCUGCUACGGUUGCGGCGAAAUUACCAACUGACAGUGUCUCUGCUUCGAGUCCACCCAGUUCGUCGGUUAGCGCAGAGCAACAGUCACAGAUUCCUCCGGCGGCCGUCGUUGCGACCGCUCCGGUGGUGAAGAAAACGCUCCAACAACGCAUCUGGGCCGAGCUAGUGCACUACUAUCACGGUUUUCGAUUGCUAUUUAUUGACAUCAAUAUCAGCCGGAAGCUGCUGUGGCGCGUACUUAACGGGAAAACGCUAACCCGCCGCGAGCACCGGUUGCUUAUCCGGACGACCUCGGAUCUGUUCCGGUUGGUGCCGUUUUCGGUGUUCAUCAUCGUGCCCUUCAUGGAGCUGUUGUUGCCGCUCGCGAUCAAGCUGUUCCCGGGCAUGCUGCCGUCUACCUUCCAGACUGCCACCGAGCGAGAGGACAAGAUCAAACAGAACCUGAAGGUGAAGCUCGAGAUGGCCAAGUUCCUGCAGAAGACACUCGACGACAUGGCGGUACAGAACAAGGAACACCGAUCGCAGGCUGCCAAGGAUUUCAGCGAGUUUUUCACCCGCGUCCGAACGACGGAGAAUUUCACGAUGUCCAACGAGGAGAUUCUGAAGUUUUCCAAACUGUUUGAGGAUGAAAUUACGCUGGACUCGUUGACCCGCCAACAGCUGCAGGCGCUAUGUCGCGUGCUCGAAGUGUCUCCGAUCGGAACGUCCAAUUUGCUGCGGUUCCAGCUUCGACUUAAGCUUCGCAAUCUCGCGGCCGAUGAUCGCACGAUCCAGAAGGAGGGCAUUCAGUCGUUAAAUUUGUCCGAGCUUCAGGCAGCUUGCAGGGCGCGUGGUAUGCGAGCCUACGGUGCCUCCGAGGAGCGACUUAAGACGCAGCUGCAGGAGUGGAUCAAUUUGAGCCUGAACGAAAAGGUCCCGCCGUCGUUGCUGUUGCUUUCUCGGGCGCUUAUGCUGCCCGAGAACAUUACGACGAGCGACAAGCUUAAGGCAACUAUUUCGUCCUUGCCCGAUUCUGUGGCUACCGUGACGAAGGCGGCCAUUGGUGAGCGUGAGGGUAAGAUCGACAAUAAGACAAAGAUAGAGGUUAUCAAGGAAGAGGAGCGCAAAAUCAAGGAAGAGCGCGAGGAAGAAAAGGAAAAGCAGAAGGAGCAAAAAGAGCAACAGGAGCUGGUGGAUGGAGCUCCCGUACUGAUGGCCGAUGGCAAGACUGCGGAAGCCAGCGCCAAGCCAGCCGAAGCUGUGGAACAGCCCGAGGUCAUUUUUGCUCCUGCACCUGCUAGGACGAUUGUGCUCGAUCAGAUCCCACCACAGCCGCACACGGUUGAGGAGCUUUCCAGCAAGGAUCUGGAGGUGCUGGGCGAUGCUCUUGGAACGCUAAGCAAAACCAAGAAAUCGUUGUUAGUGGAGAAGGAAGAAAUACGGGACCUGAAAGAAGAAAUCGCGGAUUACCAGGAGGAUGUGCAGGAACUACAUGAGGUCGUCACUGCCUCCAGCAAUCAGCAGGAAGUACAGGUGAAAGAAUCGCGAGCUGCGAAGCUGCUGUUCAAGAAGGUCAACUCGAUGAUCAACAAAAUGGACACGGUACUGACCGAUCUGGAGCGAAAAGAAAAGCGGCUGAAAGAGCAGGUGCAUGCGGCUGGACAAAGUGAAGAGCAGCCGAUUUCACCCGCUGCCGACGAGGAACUGGUGCGGAUAGACGAACUGAUGUCUGCCAUCAAAAAGAUCAAAAAUGUUACCGACGAUUCGCGGUUAGACCAGAUUUCGAAAAUUCUCGGAAAGAUCGAUGACGAUCAGGAUGGUCAGAUCAAGGUGGAGGAUGUGUUGAAGGUCAUCGAAACAAUCGGCAAGGAAAACGUGAAACUAAACGCGAAGCAGGUGGACGAGCUGAUCGAGCUGCUCGACAAAGAGGAAGAACUCGAGGCGGAGGAUAAGAUCGAGAAGGCGCUUUCCAAGAGCCUGGAAGCCAAAGAAAAGCAAAAAGAGCAGAAGGAAAAAGAGAAGGAAAAGUUGCUCGAGCUUACAGAUAAAGCCACGGAUCUGAGUUCCCUGGCUCCGCCACCACUAUCGCCACCGUCCCCAUCGCCCGUCCUCGCCGACGGUACGACCAUUAUCGAUGCGGACGCCCUGCAGAAGGUGGUGGAGGAACGUAAGAAAAAUGCCAGUAUUAACAGUGCGGGAGCUGGAGAGGGAACAGCAACGACGGCCACGGAAGCGGUAUCUCCAUCGACAGCGUCGAAAUCGGGCACUGCUGCACUUAAGAACAAAACGAUGUAAGGGAGCACGCUCUGUCCGCUGGUCACGCCACGUGUCCGCAUCUGGCUGUGGUGGCGUUUGCUCCAGGCGCAAACGUGGCCUUUAUGUUUGAUUGUAAAAAUGUGUGACAUCCCAAUUCGAAGAGUUCAAAACGACGCUAUCUUAGAUGCGAAGCGAACUGGGUAGCGAAAAUACGGAACGGCACGAGUCAACGGACGAGCACGAACGAGAUUUUACAAACUUGUACAAACACGCAAAAUUGAAUGGUGAAACAUACUCCAUGCACACCUUGCAAUAAUGGUUCCCUGCCGCUUUCAUUUUUUUCCCGUUGUGUCCACUGUUGUGGUGAUUUCCGGCCCGAAUCGGGUCGUGUAGUUUUCCAGGCGCUCUUAGUUUUGUUGGAACUUUUUUUUAUACAUAGAUAGCGCACUGUGCAUUCAAUCACGAUUCUUCAUGGGAAAAUAGAUACUGUAGAGUGCAGUGGUAGCGAUGCUGCCAUCUCCUACUACGAAUGGUGCUGUGGAUGAGAGGAUGCAUACAAAGCGCAACCGACAACUUUAAUGUGUAAUAAACGAACGACCGCAUAAAUAAGCCUAUUGUACAAUAUACUGGAUAAUUCGUUAGAAAUGUUAAAUGUA